AUGUUGAGUGGAUCAAUCAGGAGGAUCACAAAUAACUCCAGGCUGUACUCAACAGUAAAUAAGCAUGAAGUUGAUUUCUUCUCAAAGCUUUCCAAGCAUUGGUGGGAUGAAUCUGGAGAGUUUGGAUUGCUUCAUAAGAUGAACCCAGUUAGAGCUGAAUUUAUACUGAAGAAUAUCAACAACGCUAGAAGGGAAGACGCAAUACGAAGUAAUAGGCAGUUUAAAGAUGUAAAUACUCUAAGUGGGUUGACAGCGUUAGAUAUUGGUUGCGGCGGCGGUUUACUAUCAGAGACAUUGGCUAGAUUGGGUGCUACCACUACUGGAAUUGAUGUCACCGAAGCUAAUAUCAAAAUGGCUGAGUUGCAUUCGAAGCAGGACCCAUACUUCAAUCAGAGCAAUUUGGAGUACAAAUAUUCAGCAGCGGAAGAGCUGUUGAAGACGCGAAAAGAGUCAUUUGACUUAGUUUGUGCGAUGGAAGUCAUUGAGCAUGUGGACAAAGCAGCGGAUUUCUUAAAGACGUGCACAGAUUUGGUUAAAGUGGGUGAUAUGGUGUUAUAUAAACCCUUAUUUAACGAUAAAGCUUAG